AGUCUGAGGACUUACAUCGUAGUAGUUAUCUGAUCCAUACUUAAGAUAACACAACGAAAUGUUGUCACAGUUCAAGUAAGCUGAAAUUCCAGGAGAACCAUUCUGUAAAACAGGAUUAAAUAUUGGCAAGAUAUUGCGCAGGUGUCAGGGAGCGAGAAGCUGCUAAAGAUCUCUUUUCCCUAAAAGACUGUGAAGUGUUUUGACUGAGAAGUUGGUGGGAAUCAGUGCCCACAUCAGGUUGAUGGGAUGAAGGGACUAAGGGGCUUUGAUGCUGGGCUCCUCUUCACCUUAUUUUCUAUUGCCUUUAGCCUAGAUGUACCUUCUGAGGUGGAGCAGCCACCAACAAUCACAGCUCAGUCUGUAAGAUCUGUUGUUGCCGUGGCAUUUGAUGAUAACUUCACUUUGACAUGUGAAGCUACAGGGAAUCCAAAACCAGUGUUUUACUGGACUAAAAAUGGCCUGAACUUUAACCCACGUAGUGACUCAAGACUCAAAAACUUUGAAAACAGUGGAACUUUUGUUAUUCCAAGCAACAAAUACCUUGCAGAAUAUCAGGGUAAAUACAGAUGCUAUGCAUCCAAUAAAAUGGGAGUAGCAAUGUCAGAAGAAACCCAUUUCAUUGUACCUACUUCACCAAAGUUUCAAGAAAGUAUAGAGCCAGCAGUGGUUAAAGAGGGCGAUCCAGUGGUCCUGGAAUGUAACCCACCAAAAGGCAUUCCACCUCGCCUUCUCUACUGGAUGACUAUUGGUCUUCAACACAUUGAACAGGAUGAGCGAGUAUCCAUGGGCUUGAAUGGGAACCUGUACUUUUCAAACGUGUUAGAAAAAGACAGCCGUAGUGACUACUGCUGUUUUGCUUCUUUUCCAAGGAUUCGCACCAUCGUCCAGAAAACUGCCAUGGCUAUUGUGGUCAUGUCCUCAAACUCAACUGGUGAAACAGAUGUCAAAAUUUCGGACAGAAAGCCGAAUAUUCUGGUGCCCUCUGGUGAUCUGUCCCAGACAUAUCUGGUGCAAGGACAGGAUCUCGAGAUUGAGUGUAUUGCAGAGGGAUUCCCCACACCAAUAAUAGAAUGGACCAAAAUUGGAGGGAAGUUGCCAAAACGCACCAACAUCAAGAACCAUGGAAAAUGGUUGAUUAUAACAAACGUCACGGAGGAAGACAGUGGAAAAUAUAUGUGCAAGGCAAAGAAUUCUGCUGGUGAAGCAGUUCAUUUCUUCGACAUUACAGUAGAAGAGCCACCACACUGGGUGCAAGAGCCAAUAAAAAGUCAAGUAGUGGCAAUUGGCUCAGAGGUACACAUAAAAUGCCAUGCUUCAGGAAAGCCACCACCCACAAUCACCUGGAUGAGGAAUGGUGAACCGCUCCGAGCAUUCUCCUCAUCCCAUAUCAGAGUGCUACAUGACACAGUAAUCCUUUACAGAGCCCAACAAAAUAACAGUGCAGUUUAUCAGUGUGAGGCCUCCAACAAACAUGGCACUUUACUGAGCAAUACCAACAUCAUAGUUAUGAAUCUUCCUCCUUUGAUCCUGACACAGAAUUCUGUAAAGUACGGUGCUGUGUGUGGGAAAAAUGUCAUGAUGGACUGCAAAGUGUUUAGUUCUCCACCUGCUGAUAUCCACUGGAGAAAAGAAGGCCUUGAAGGUUCUGUGGUAGGAGAGCGAUUCUUUCUCCAUAAAAAUGGCUCCCUUCAGAUUCACACAACUGAGGUGGAAGACACAGGAAAAUAUACUUGUUUUGUUAACAACUCAGAGGGCAACUCCAGCAUUAAUGCAAAACUACAUAUAAAAGACCCAACCAAAAUCGUGACUCCUCCGCAAGAUAGAAAGAUCAAGAGAGGGAGCAUGGCAGAGCUUCAGUGCAACGCGCAGUAUGAUCAGUCAUUCACUGAUGAGCUGAAAAUUCUCUGGCAGAAGGAUGGGAAAGAUAUAGAUUCCAAUUACAUUGAGGAUUCAAGAUUCUACAUUGAUGUGGGAAUACUGCAGAUCAACAAUGUGAGCCACAGAGAUGAAGGACUAUACACAUGUAUUGCUAGAACAUCCCUCGACCAAGAUACAGCAUCUGCAUAUGUAACUGUGCUAGAUGUCCCUGACCCUCCAGUAAACUUAACAUUAUCAGAUCUGAGAGAUCGUAGUGUGAAGCUUCACUGGAUGCCUACCAAGGACCAUAACAGCCACAUAACAGAGUACAUCAUCGAAUUCGAGGAGGACCACUGGGAGCCAGGCAAGUGGAGGCCACUGCUGCGAGUAUCUGGCCACCAGAACUCUGCUCCUGUCUCAUUACAUGGACAUAUUAACUACCAGUUCAGAGUCAGUGCUGUCAAUGGCAUUGGAAGAGGUCAUCCCAGCAAACCCUCUGAGAGAUAUAAAACUCCUCCUGCUGCCCCAGAUAGGAACCCAGAAAACAUAAAGUUUGAGGGUCAUUCGCCUCAUCAGAUGGACAUUACUUGGGAGCCUUUGAAGCCUAUUGAACACAAUGGACCUGGUCUAGAGUACAAGCUUAGCUACAGACAGAUGGGUGUUGAGGAAAUCUGGACAGAGAAGAUGGUGAAGAGGCAUUCCUUUGUUGUGAAAGGCACCCCGACAUUUGUCCCUUAUGAGGUUAAGAUCCAGGCCCACAAUAAUUAUGGUUGGGCAGUGGAGCCCAGUGUGGUGAUUGGAUAUUCUGGAGAAGACUUGCCAGUUGCAGCUCCUGAGGAUGUGAAUGUAGAGGUGUUGAACUCCACGCUGCUGCGGGUCAGCUGGUCUCCUGUCCAACAGACCCAGCUCAGGGGCCAUCUUGAAGGCUACAGUGUGCAUUGGUGGAGAACACAAAGCCUGCUGACUUCUAUAGAAGUUCCUGCUGAGAAGCAGUUUCUGAUCCUCCCAGGGAAUCAGAGUCACACCAUAGUGCCUGGGCUGAAGCCAUUCUCCCAAUACCGUCUCACUGUAAAUGUCUUUAACAGGAAGGGCAAUGGUCCCAGCAGCAGGCCGCUCACCUUCACAACACCGCAGGGAGUUCCUGAAAGCCCCCCUAUACUCAGAGCCACAAACCCUCAGGAUAACUCCAUCACACUGGUGUGGGCACCACCACUUGAGGCCAAUGGUGUUCUCACAGGAUACAAGCUGCAGUACCAGAUAUUCAAUGAUACACUGGAUGUUGGUGAAGCAUACGGAGUAAACAUCAGUGGACCAGACACUACACAUUGGGUUCUACAUGAUCUGGAGACAGCCAGCUACUACCAGUUCUAUCUGAGUGCUUGUACACUUGUGGGCUGUGGACCAGCUAUCAGUGAAGGGGCUUCCACAGCUUCUGGAGCACGUGCAGCAGGUGUACAUGAGAGAAUUUCAUCUAAAAGCUGGUUCAUUGGAAUCAUGUGUGCUGUGGCAUUGCUCACUCUGGUAGUUCUAAUUGCCUGCUUUGUGACCAUGAACAAAGGUGGAAAGUAUUCAGUGAACGAGGCGGAAGAAGUGAGAUCACAUAUGAACUCUAAAGGCAUGAAUGAUGAGACUUCCUGUGAAUACAGUGAUAAAAAGCCUCUGAAGAGCAGCCACCCUACACUAGUGGAUGACAUCAGAGAAGACAGCAGCAGCAUGGACAGCUCACUUGACUGCGGGAAUGAGGACUGCGAGUUCAGGGAGGACGGAUCUUUCAUUGGUGAAUAUGCUGGAUACAAAUGAAGGCUAUCCAUGGAGUUGACAGUUUGAGAUGCUGUUUCUACUUUUAGACUAUUAAAUCUAUGAGUGAAAGGCUGUGUGUAAUUUAAAGAUGCAGAUGGAUAUUAAGCAUCUGAGUGUGUGUGAAUGGUCACUUCCUUAAAGUGAAGUAAACAUUGCGAAACACGAGCUUAAUGUCAUAUGACAAACUAAGCUUGUUCUUCACUUAUAAACUAACUGUGCAUCAAUGUUCAACAACUGGGUGGAUUAGACACUUUCUUUUUUCAGAACACAGUCAGUUGUUAAUGAAAUUCAUUUUUAUU